UUUGAAUUAGCCUCCACUUAAAUAGAAAUUGUUUGGUUAUGUAGUAAAUGAAUACCAGAAACUAAAUGGAAAGCAAAACAGAUAAAAUACCACAUCUAUGUUUUCCCGAGUCAGUAUUUCUAAAACCUUCAACGUACCAAAAUUUAGAAAAUGAGUACUGGCUUAAAAAAUGCUCUUCAUGCCCUGAAUACAGCCUACUUAAGCCUUCUGAAGAUGAACAAUCGCGUCCUAUAAGUUCCUUCUCUCCGCAAAUUUUACGGGAGUUUCAUAUUUUGCUAGCUGAGUGGAAAUUAGAAGCUCGUGAACGUGUAGCAUGUAUGAGAGAGAAAGAACGGCAAUCUGUUCUAGCUUCAGUUGGUAUCCAGGCUUUUUCUGAAGAUGUUCUAUCUCGAAAGCACAAAGAUGUAUCUGGUGACAUUAACAACAAAAAAUAUGCACAAAGAAAUCUCACAACUUCUGUGCCGUGGAGAAGUUCAAGCUUUGCUUCUGGUAUGCGUAAACGAAAAUCAGCUCAAUUAAUUCGUGGUAGUCGAUCUUCAAAAUUUGGUCGUCCUUCCAAUUAUCCGCAAAAUUCAUCAUGGUUGCGAAAACAUUAUUACAAUAACCCAUUACUAAAACGGCGUGAUGCAAACAAAACCUCCAGUUCUGCCGAAAAGCUGAAAAGAAAUACAUAUACUGAAAAAUCCCAAUAUCCAGAUGAAGAUGACGAUGAGGAAGAAGACCAACUGACUGCCAUAGUUUCUCGUCAACGUCAAGCAUUUUCUGCGCGUGCUGCUGCUGGUCGUCCAAGUAUACGUAAAAUACAGUCAGAUCUUCAAACCAAAUCUGGUGCUAUCUUAAGCACAGCCGCUAGUGUUCCAGCAGCUCGAAGACUUUCAGCUAAAGUAUUACGUGCUUGGAAAUCUAUGGCUAAAAAGAUCAUUUGCAAAGUGGCAAGGCAACGUGUUGCUAGUCGUCGAGAUAAGAUGAUCAUCGCGAAACGCGCUGCUCGUGAAUGCGCACGUUUGUUGCGUCAAAAAGCAUUGCUUUCUCAAAAAGCUUCUAAAGAUUCUAUAAGUCGUGGACAUCGCCUUUCACGUGAGAUUGCGUCUAAUUGGCGCAGUUCAACAUCAAGUACAGCCAAUGGUUCUGGUCCGCUUACAAUCAAUGGUAUAACUAUACCAUCGAAUACGAAUAUUACUCAUUUCUCUUCACUCAUGGAUUUACCUGAUUAUUAUACUUCUAUUCGCUCAGAAAGUGGAAGUUUGGAAUUGAACACAUCAACUUCAAUGAUGGAGUCAAGUACAGCCAUACGUCGAAGAGCAGAGAAAGCUGCCGCUGAACAACGUAAAGCUGACUUAGAACUUUUGGAGGCAAGAAGGCAACAACGAAAAUUGAAUUUCUUAAUUACACAAACAGAAUUAUAUGCACAUUUUAUGGCGAAAAAAAUGGCAGAUGUUAAUUUAGAUAAUUGUAAAUCUGAGGAUAUUAAUAGUUUAUAUGGUUCUGAAAAUGCCGUAUCAGCAUCUGGUAAUGUGAGUCAAGAAGUUGAAACUCAACGGAUAUUACGUCGGCUCGAAGAAAUGGACGAUGAGUCUGUAGAAACAAAAACUAACGAGGAAGGUACUGAUACAGGUUCUGAUAUAUCUGCUCCAUGUGAACCUGUUCAAAAUGAUCAAGAUUCUGUUGGCAUAUCGACUGCAUCUGCACACCGAAAACCAUACAGUUCGAUUGCUGUAGCCGCAAAAGCAGCAGCUUGUCGGUUGGGUAUUAACGUUGAAGAAGAAUAUGAUAUUGAACAAGCAAAAUCCGAAGCUUUGAUGAAAGUCAAAGCAGCUGUUACAAUGGAACGUAAUCGUGUAUCACAAUUUCAUAAUGGAACUGCGAUAAAUCCGAAUCCAAGUGCUCCUGUUCCCAGUAAUCCAGAUUCUAGUACAGCUCCUACGCAAGUUGAAGCGCCAAAAUUAUUUAAAGGUCAGUUAAAAGCUUAUCAAGUCCGUGGUUUGAACUGGCUGCUUGGUCUGUUCGAUCAAGGUAUUAAUGGGAUAUUAGCUGAUGAAAUGGGUCUUGGAAAAACUGUACAAACAGUUGCAUUUCUUGGUUGCCUUGCAGAAAAUUACAACAUUUGGGGUCCAUUUUUAAUUGUUACUCCAGCGUCAACAUUGCAUAAUUGGACACAGGAAUUUGCUAAAUUCCUGCCAGCUUUUCGUUUAGUCCCUUAUUGGGGUACACCAACUGAACGUAAAGUUUUGCGCAGAUUUUGGUCAUCUACACGUUCUUCUAAUACUGCCGAAGCUUUUGAUGAAUCCAGUGAUAUUAAUGCUGGACAAGCUGGAACGAAAGAUUCUGAACUACAUGUAGUUAUAACAAGUUAUCAAGUUGUAUUACAAGAUGCAAAAUUUAUUAAUAAAACUGCAUGGUCAUAUAUUGUUUUAGAUGAAGCACAUGCUAUUAAAAGUACAUCAAGCUUACGAUGGAAAAUUCUAUUAUCUUUUAAGUGUCGAAAUCGUUUAUUACUUACUGGAACUCCAAUUCAGAAUACAAUGCAAGAACUAUGGGCAUUGUUACAUUUUAUUAUGCCUACAUUAUUCGAUUCACAUGAUGAAUUUGCCAAUUGGUUUUCACGUGAUAUUGAAUCUCAAGCCAGUGCAACAGCUAGAACUGGUGGUGGAGGAAGCAUCACUGGUAGUAGCAGUGGAGCUGGAUCGCUUAUAACUUCAAAACUGAAUGAGAAUCAAUUGUCACGUUUACAUUUAAUUUUGAAACCAUUCAUGUUACGUCGAACAAAAACAGAAGUUGAACAUGAAAUAUCAACUAAGACGGAGAUUAUGUUAUAUUGUCCAUUGAGUCAUAGACAACAAAUAUUGUAUGAACGAUUGCGUAGUAAAAUUCGUUUAGAAGAUCUUAGUUCCAUUAUGUCUGCCAAUGGUAUAUCAGAUAGUUUUUCAUCAAAUUUAGAUAAUGCUAAUAAUGCAUUCUCCGCUUCAUCAUCAUCAUCCUCGUCGGCUACAGCUCAUUUAAUUAAUUUAGUGAUGCAAUUAAGAAAAGUAUGCAAUCAUCCCGAUUUAUGGGAACGUCGUGAUGUUCGUUUCUCUUCUAUAACUGGUCAAAUUGAACCGAAUAGUUGUCGAUUGUAUAAUUCAGAUAUUAAAUAUAAUGCUUACAGUAAUAAUAAUACUUGUAAUCAACAUGCAAUGUGGAGGCUACCAAAUCUACUGUAUGAAGAUGAUGCGCUGUCAUUAUUUAGUUGGAGAGCUAAAAGUUUAAACAAUCUAUUUUCUAUCUGUCCAAUAUCUUUGUAUGGUGCUUAUCCAAUUAGUUUAUUGAUUAUUAUUGCAAAAUAUUUCUAUCUUCAUCAUCCUUAUUACAUACAUGAUGAUUUAUGGCAUCAUGAUAAUGAAGAACCUGAUCUAGGACCACGAAAUUGUAAAUUAAAUCAAAUUAAAUCAUGUACAAACUAUGCAUCUAAAUGCUUUUCAUUCACUCGCCUAUUAGGUUUAUCAGUAAAUGAAUAUGUAAAAAUGAUUCGAACAGGUGCUGUUUCACAUUCCAAUUCUGAAAUUGUUUCCUGUAAUCAAUCAGAAAGUACAAUAAUAAGCAAUUAUUUCAAUGAAGAUAUGACAUGGAAUAAAAAAGUUUAUGGUCUAUUACAAUUAGACUCAUUUUCCCCCAUGAGUACUGUACGUACUUCUCCUUAUUCAGUUGCACAAUUAAAUUGUCUUCAAAAUCUUCUACUUCAUCCAAUGGAAUAUGACUCAUCUACUACCACUGUAUCGUAUGUACCAUCCGUUUGUAUUCAUUGUCCUGGAAUAAGACCGUUUAUUCCAAAUUUUGUUUCAGAGGCAACAAUACACAAAGUAUUAAUUCAUCCAUUGAAACCAUUUGUAAAUACGUUUAAUUUUGAUGUCACUCAUGUGUAUUCAUUAUUAUCUGAUGUAACUAUUCCAUUGCCUAGAAGUUUAGAGCUUGUUUCACGUGCUACACGUAUUUCCGAUUCGGGUAAAUUAACUACACUAGAUAAUUUACUUAGUGAAUUAAAAUCAAAUGGACAUCGUGUAUUAAUUUAUUCACAAAUGACACGUAUGAUUGAUAUAUUAGAGGAGUUUAUGUUAUAUCGUAAACAUGCUUAUUUGCGAUUGGAUGGUUCAUCACGUUUAUCCGACCGUAGGGAUAUGGUUGCUCAAUGGCAAACUAAUCCACGUUGGUUUGUAUUCUUAUUAUCAACUCGUGCUGGUGGCCUUGGUAUUAAUUUAACUGCAGCAGAUACAGUUAUAUUUUAUGAUUCUGAUUGGAAUCCAACUGUAGAUCAACAGGCAAUGGAUCGUGCACAUCGUCUUGGUCAAACAAAGCCUGUAACAGUUUAUAGGCUGAUUUGUAAAAAUACAGUUGAAGGUCGUAUGCUAAGUCGGGCAGAAGAAAAACGUGCAAUGCAACAAAUGGUAAUUCAAUCCGGUCAAGGAGGAUUAAGCAAUUUAUUACCGAAUGUAACAAAUUCAUCAGGUCCCACUGAACAUAUGACUUCAUCUGAUAUGGUCUCUUUGUUACUUGAUGAUGAUGAAUUAGUUAAGCGACUUCAGAUACGCAGACGAUUACAACCUCAACGUGGUCGUCCAGCUAAAAAUCAGGCAUCCAAACGAUUAAUGACCUCUGAAACCAUAGCUAAUCUUUCGAAUACAGACAUUGAGAUGUGUGUGAAUGAACAAUUAUCAAAUGGUAUUAAUUCCAUAAAAUCAAGUACUCAACGUGCAUCAGAUACCGGUGUUGUAGACGAAGAUUUGCUUGGACGAAAACGUCAAGCAGCUUGGGCAGAACAAUCUCGUGGUGGUCGCAUUAAAAAGAUACGUCCAAUUGAAUCAAUCGGCCCGGCGACUAUUUCUACAUUUGACAAUUCUGUAACAACUUUUAAUACUGAUAAUAAUUCCAAUGGUAGUAGUAAUAGUGACAAUGCAACAUGAAUACUUAUCAGACAAGGAAUUAAUUCAUUUUCUUCAUUGGUGUAUUCUUUGGUGCUUAUUAAUAUUUUGUCAGAAAUAUUUUUGUUGAUAUUAUCACAAACCAGAUAACUUUGCAAUGCAUUUCUGUAAUUUUUUUUUGAACAAAUAAAUAAAUGUAUAGAGAGAAAAUGUAUCAUAUAAAAUUU